GUUCUUUUGAUCUCAAUUACGGCUUCUCGAAGAAGCGUUAAGUAGGAGGCCAGACGUUCACCCUUCGUCGAUGCCAUGGCGCUACAUCAUGGCGCUGCGGGCAUAAAGAACAUGCCGGCAGCCCCGGCCGCCGUGAAGCCAGAUCCUACCUCAACCUCUUCCAGCACUGUCAUUGACUGGAUUGAAACGAAAUCGCGGGUCGCGACAGUUCUACCCUCGAAGGGAGUUGCGUAUCCAUCCCAGGAAGAGCUCUUUGCCACUGCCCUUUACAAGGCAAAUUUUGCCUUACUCUGUCAAAUCUGUCAAACUUCCAACCUCCAUUGCCAUCUCAGCGCUUCGUCAAAACGUGACCUCGGCCAUGUUCGUGACCGCAUGUGCCUCUGGGGAGAUGCCUUGGGUGAUGGGCGGCUGGAAGCAUGCCUUUCACCAGAGGACGAGCUUCACAAGAGCUUGAUUAGCCUGUUGGACCGCAUAGGCAAAACACUUAUUACAGUCAUGGAACAGUCGAUCAGCAUUCGGGAAGGCAAGAAGGCAAAAUGGGGCCUGGUAAAACCCUUGCGAGAGCUUCUUUCAAAAGCUGCAUCCAUUUUAUCGGUCGACGAACCAUCUUCCCGUAUUUGUGAAAGCGACAGCGACUCAGCUAGCGAAACCGACGAUGAUGAAAGUCAGGAUACAGUCGUUGCAGGUAUUCGAUCACUACAAGUGUACUCUAAAUUGUUAAUGGACCUUUGCCCAACUUUAGAACAAGCAUUCUAUACACGGCAGCACAGACCAGGAGGAAAUGAACCAGCUUUGGGCUUGAAGUCGUUUGAAGUGACGGAGAGCGCUCUUCCUUGGGUCAGUCAAGUAUACGAGAAGUUUCGGACAGCUGAUAGUGGUCUACUCGAGAGGCUUGGAGAAGCUAAUUGGCAGAGGUUUGUCCGCAUCCGGGCAUUGAUAUCUAACAGUGGCACGGCGCAAGAGAGCUUUGAAGAACCCAAGACCAUCUUCAAACCAUCGACAGUCCACACUUUUCGCGAUUCGGCACUUGGUGCCUCGAUCCCAGCUCAGUCACAGGUUGCCGGCUCCGUUGCCUCUCAUACUUCCUUCAUGUCAAGCGUUGAAGGUGAAGGUAGGAGUCACCUUGCAGUACCUCGAACUCCUCAGCAGAUCUGGCGAAACGAGCCGUUUACAUGCUCAUUUUGCGGUACCUUGCUCAAAACAUUACGGAAUCGGAUAGACUGGAAGAUGCAUGUCUUUUCUGAUCUUCAAGCUUAUAUCUGCACAUUCAACGAUUGUCCUGAACGCCUCAAAACUUUCUCGACACGAACACUGUGGUCUCGACACGAGCUCGAAGCUCAUUUUUCGGACAAGUCGUUUAGAUGUCGCGACUGUCAUAAAAGCUCCGUCACUUUCACUGACCAGGAGAGCUUCCUUGAUCACCUGAGUCGCGUACAUGGGCGCAAGGCUCUUACACAUGUUCACGCUCUGAGUAUGGCACAGGCUGCAGCGCAGUCAGUCCCAAGGUCUUUUACAGAUCAAGAGUGCCCUCUUUGUGCGCAAACCGACUGGAAAUCGCAACGCGAAUAUUUCACUCAUUUGGGAAAGCAUCUUGAACAAAUCUCGCUAGCAGCAUUGCCUCAAGAGGAGGAUGAGAGUGAUGAUGACAGUGAUCAAGAUGAUGAGGAGAAUUUUACCUUUAAGUGUAUAUGUGGGUUCGACGAUGACGACGGUAAUAUUGUUUUGGAUCAGAGGUGUGGUACAUGGCAGCACAUUGCGUGCUACUAUUAUCGUUCCCAGGUGCCAGGGGAACAUCUCUGUAUAGACUGUUCGCCGAGAAAUCUCGACACGGCAGGUGCCUCGCGGCGACAAAAGGAGAUUCGAAGAAAAGCACCAAGGAACCCUGAAACGCCAUUGUUUCAAGAUGUCACUUCAGCACCUUAUACAGGGACAAGUUCGAGUCCAUCCCCGCGCGCUCUUCUCCAAGAGAAGUGGCACAGGAUUCCAGAGAACAACACAAUUUCCAGGGUAAAGGGAGAAACUGAAGACACAUGGCUCUUGGAUGAGAGCAAGAGGCAGCAAGUGAAUGGUCAACACCUACUGGAUGAUGCGAAACAACAGUUCAAGAGGAGUCAACACAACCAGACAGGCGAUGGUUCGCAAUCCUAUCCUCCACGAUCCAAUCUUCCCCCAUAUGGGCGACCGUUUAGCCCUCCGCAAGAGCUGACACCCAUGCAACAAGAGCAACAGAACCUCUCGCAACAUCAUUUGCUUGAUGAGGCCGCCAACGACAGGCCGCCUUCAACCAAGAAGCACCGAUGCCCUUAUUGUGCCACACAAUUCACGCGACAUCACAAUCUGAAGAGCCACCUACUGACUCACUCACAAGAAAAGCCUUUGGUUUGCUCAACCUGUGGGUCAAGGUUUCGUCGACUGCACGACUUGAAGCGGCAUGCAAAGCUUCACACGGGAGAAACCCCACAUAUCUGCAGCCAAUGUGGACACAAAUUUGCAAGAGGCGACGCACUCGCUCGUCACCAAAAAGGUCCGGGGGGUUGUCUAGGUACUAGAAGCGGUCCCCCGGUCGAUAAGAAUAGUCCUAGGAACGACAUGGGUCUAUUACCAGAGCUGGAAAGCUAUACGAAGCUGAACGGCGAAUCCGGCGACGGGGCUACUUGAUUCGACUUUGGAAAUGCUGGGGCAUCUGCUGCCAACGAGUUCGCUUUACCAGACUUGGGGACGAGCACUUUUGAUGGCUUCUUGAACGACAACACUUUCGCCGAUGGCGGUGGUGAAGAUGGUUGUGACGAUUCUCUCAAGAUGGCACGAUCAUGCCGAACUAUCUGCAACAGGCCAAUUCCUCUCAACCAGGAGGCUCAUUCACAGGGUCUGACGACAAAUGGAUAGCAAAAGCGAACCCUUCUAUUUCACCGAAUAGUGAACACGACCGCCGAAUAUUGUUCUCUUCGCUUUUAUCGAACUCUUCAGCCGGAGGAGAGGCCCAACGUGCAGACAUCGGUGCCUAUUGAGGACCGAUAAAUUUGGAUGACCUUGACGGGGGCUUUUUUGAUACUUCUUGAGCAGUAAGCCUUAUUUCUGCUUCCUUAGCGCGCGUCUUCAGAAAGGAAAGGUUCUAUCUUAUUUCACUGCACCCUAAGAGUUGAAGCUCCCGGGUUAGGACUCUUCAAGAUGUCAUCAGGAUGUAAAAGCGGCGGAAGUAUAUUGUCGUCAGAAGAGGGUGAAAUAGUCUUGUACUCCGUAUAGGCCUAGCGUCCAAGUUCUUGAGAGCGGCCAGUUGUUUCCCGCGCAUUUCACGUGGCAUUAACAGCCGCAAAGGUCUGCCUCGCCAGGAGUACACAAAUGUCCCCCAUGGAUG